GCUCUCUCUCUCUCUUUAUCUCUGUCGCUCUCUCAUUCGUUCACACACUAACUCCAAGGUCAGCAGUUAUGUUAUCAAACUAUUCCGACUCCAUAGAAACAACAGAAAAACAUAACACCCUCCCGAGUGGCUCAGCUUUCCAAGGCACUGCAUCGCAGUGUUGAGGCGUCACUACAGACCCGGAUUCCAUCCCAGGCUGUGUCGCAGCCGGCCGCGACCGGGAGACUCAUGAGGCAGCACACAAUAGGCCCAGCGUCGUCUGGGUUAGGGGAGGGUUUGGUCGGCCCGGGAUGUCCAUUUCCCAUCGCGCUCUAGUGACUCCUGUGAUGGGCCGGGUGCAGUGCACGCUGACACGGUCACCAGGUGCAUGGUGUUUCCUCCGACACAUUGGUGCGGCUGGCUUCCAGGUUAAGAUGACUGUAGUCUACUGAUGGUGUUAUUAACCCCUCUACUCUCUGUAUCAGACCUGGAGAUGGCUGUAGCCUACUGAUGGUGUUACUAACCCCUCUACUCUCUGUAUCAGACCUGGAGAUGGCUGUAGCCUACUGAUGGUGUUACUAACCCCUCUACUCUCUGUAUCAGACCUGGAGAUGGCUGUGGCCUACUGGAACCUGGUUCUAACUGGUCGAUUCAAGUUCCUGGACCUCUGGAACAGGUUUCUAUUGGAGCAUCAUAAGCGGUCGAUCCCCAAAGACACGUGGAACCUGCUACUGGACUUUGGCAACAUGAUUGCAGACGACAUGUCCAACUACGACGAGGAAGGAGCUUGGCCUGUCCUCAUCGACGACUUUGUGGAAUUUGCCCGGCCAAUCGUGACAGGGGGCAAGCGUAAAACCAUAUAGGUCAUACCCAGUUCCCAGCAGGGGCUGACGAUUUUAUACACACCAGCCAAAAAGAGACUUCUACAAGACUGUCCAAGUUUGUGAGACUGAGCUGCCAAUCAGGGGCCGGGGAGCGACAUGACAGCCAAUCGGAGAGAAGGAAAACAACAACAGGAAGAGGAAGUUAUCUUUUUCUUUGUUUUGGGACUGAGUCACUCCGGGAGGCGGGCUGUUAGCAGGGGGUGGGAUCGUCGCGGAGCUAUGAGCUCUGCUCCCAUUGGCUAGCUGGAUCAGACUGAUCGGCCAACGACUACAGUACCCAUACACCAGCCACCAUCAGAUCAGUGGGCGUGUCUAUAGAUUCUAGAACUGGUGCUCUGGUCCCACCCCCCCUAGCUGCAGCCCCCCCCGCCCCCGCCCCCUCCUUACUAAAGAACGACCAGGGAGAGCAAACAGAACGGCAGAGAGGGGCGGACGGUUUGCUCUCUGCAGCAGACAGACAGAAUGGUGUGAUAUUUGAUCCAGUGGAGGCUGCUGAGAGGAGGACGGCUCAUCAUAAUGUCUGGAACGGAGCGAAUGGAACAGCAUCAAACACCUGGAAACCAUGGAAACCAUGUGUUUGAUGUAUUUGAUACCAUUCCACUGAUUCAGAUCCAGUCAUUACCACGAACCUGUCCUCCCCAAUGAAGGUGCCACCAACCUCCUGUGGUCUGAACCCACAGUAGUAAGACGUCUCUGCCGGCCCAUGGUGGAUGAACUAGGAGCUCGGAGGUUCUGCAUGUGUUUCUGGUUAAGCGGCUGGACGGAGGAACAACAACAACUUUUUUUAUUAUUAUCAUUGAGUUUCUUCUCAUCGAAUCAGAGGUGAGGGGUGUGGUCGUCAUCCAAUGUUCUCAUCCAAUCCAACGUCAGUGUAAUGUUCUGCUUCCAUUUCAAUCUAAAGUGUAAAAGUUGGGUCAGUUUUGUUGUUAAUAUGUGUGAGGUUCAGGGUCUAUAUCCACAAAGCGUAGGAGUGCUGACCUGGGAUCAGUUUAGCCUUUUAGAUAAUAAUGAAUACUAGAGAGGACCAGAUCCUAGUGCUGAUCUGGGAUCAGGUUAACCUUUUAGAUCAUAAUGGAUAUUAGAGAGGACCAGAUCCUAGUACUGAUCUGGGAUCAGGUUAGCCUUUUAGAUCAUAGUGAGCGAGAGGACCAGAGAGGACCUACUCUGAGACGCUUUAGGAAUACAGGCCCAGUUCAGAUCCACUUUGGUAUUCAGAUAGAACCGGACCGACAGAGCAGCAUGCUUUAAAGCUCAACACCAGCAGAAAUACUAUGGCUACAGUUGGAACAGACUGUGACCAUAGGAUUCAUGUAUAGAUAUACCAUUUUAGAAUAAUGAAUAUGAUACAAUAUAACGAAGACACGAUGACAUUUAUAAUCGUGAGAGAGAGGAAGAAGUAUUUGAAAUACGUACGAGGUCCACAGAUUUCUAGUGCGUGUCCCAAACUGUACCCUAUUCCCUGUAUAGUACUGGUCAAAAAGUAGUGCACUAUAUAGGGAACAGGUUUGCCCAUUUGGGAUGCGCCAUGUCUCCUUUCUGUUUGAUUUGAGUUGGUUUGUUUGUAACUGUUCACAUCACCAGAGACCUUGACUGUUGGUCUGGCAGUUAUUUUAUUUUCACAAGCAACGCACAGGAAGUUCAGUCUAUGAAUCGUAUUCAGUCUACAACUCUGUAUAUAGUUGAAUCUAUGAAUCAUAUUCAGUCUAUAACACUGUAUAUAGUUCAUAGUUGAAUCAUAUUCAGUCUACAACUCUGUAUAUAGUUCAUAGUUGAAUCUACGAAUCGUAUUCAGUCUACAAAGCUGUAUAUAGUUCAUAGUUGAAUCUAUGAAUCAUAUUCAGUCUACAACACUGUAUAUAGUUCAUAGUUGAAUCAUAUUCAGUCUACAACACUGUAUAUAGUUCAUAGUUGAAUCUAUGAAUCAUAUUCAGUCUACAACACUGUAUAUAGUUCAUAGUUGAAUCAUAUUCAGUCUACAACUCUGUAUAUAGUUCAUAGUUGAAUCUAUGAAUCGUAUUCAGUCUACAACACUGUAUAUAGUUCAUAGUUGAAUCUAUGAAUCAUAUUCAGUCUACAACUCUGUAUAUAGUUCAUAGUUGAAUCUAUGAAUCAUAUUCAGUCUACAACACUGUAUAUAAUUCAUAGUUGAAUCUAUGAAUCGUAUUCAGUCUAUAACACUGUAUAUAGUUCAUAGUUGAAUCUAUGAAUCGUAUUCAGUCUACAACACUGUUCAUAGUUGAAUCUAUGAAUCAUAUUCAGUCUACAACACUGUAUAUAGUUCAUAGUUGAAUCUAUGAAUCAUAUUCAGUCUACAACACUGUAUAUAGUUCAUAGUUGAAUCUAUGAAUCGUAUUCAGUCUACAACACUGUAUAUAGUUCAUAGUUGAAUCUAUGAAUCAUAUUCAGUCUACAACACUGUUCAUAGUUGAAUCUAUGAAUCAUAUUCAGUCUACAACUCUGUAUGUAGUUGAAUCUAUGAAUCGUAUUCAGUCUACAGCACUGUAUAUAGUUCAUAGUUGAAUCUAUGAAUCGUAUUCAGUCUACAACACUGUAUGUAGUUGAAUCUAUGAAUCGUAUUCAGUCUACAGCACUGUAUAUAGUUCAUAGUUGAAUCUAUGAAUCGUAUUCAGUCUACAACACUGUAUGUAGUUGAAUCUAUGAAUCAUAUUCAGUCUACAGCAGCAGUUUAAAUCAAGUCUAAUGUUAUUGGUCACAUACACGUGUUUAGCAGAUGUUAUUGCAGGUGCAGCGAAAUGCUUGUCAACACACCCCAGUUCUUUGUUUUUAAACCGUUUCAGUUG